CGAGUUGUACUUUUCGGAACACUCCUCCUCCCAUUCCACCCACCACUCAAUAACCAUGGCAUCGGCUCUCAAGCGCACCUCGCUCAAGAUCGGCAUGAUCCCCGCCGACGGCGUCGGCAAGGAGGUUCUCCCUGCUGCCCAGCGUGUCAUUGAGGCUCUCGGCUCGGCGAUUCCCAAGCCCGAGUUUGUCCCCCUCCUUGCGGGCUGGGAGGUGUUCAACCAGACCGGCAAGGCGCUGCCUGACGAGACCGUCAGCGUGCUCAAGAAUGAGUGCGACGCCGCAAUGUUCGGCUCGGUGCAGAGCCCCUCGCACAAGGUGCCCGGCUACUCCUCGCCCAUCGUUGCGCUCCGCAAGCACCUUGACCUGUAUGCCAACAUUCGCCCCGUCGCCAGCGUUGCCGGCACUCCUGGGCCCGAGGUGAACCUCGUCAUUGUUCGUGAGAACACUGAGUGUUUGUAUGUCAAGCAGGAGACUCUGGAGGACACUGCCGACGGAGGCAAGAUCGCGCGUGCCACCCGUCAGAUCACCUCGUACGCCUCGGAGCGUGUCGGCCGCAUGGCGUUCGAGCUCGCUCUCCGCCGUGGUCAGGAGCGCGCAGCCCCCGGCGCCCCCGCCACUUUCUGGAAGGGCAACCCGCUCGUCACCAUCUCGCACAAGUCCAACGUGCUGUCUGUCACCGACGGCCUCUUCCGGGAGACGGUCCGCAGCGUCAAGGAGAAGACCGACCGUUACAACGGCGUCGACAUGAACGAGCAGCUUGUUGACUCAAUGGUGUACCGCCUCUUCCGUGAGCCGCAGGUCUUUGAUGUCGUCGUUGCGCCCAACCUCUACGGCGACAUCCUUUCAGACGGUGCCGCCGCCCUCGUUGGCUCGCUCGGCCUCGUCCCCUCGAUCAACGCCGGUGACAACUUUGUCAUGGGCGAGCCCGUUCACGGCUCGGCUCCCGACAUUGCUGGCAAGGGCAUUGCCAACCCCAUCGCCUCGAUCCGCUCGGCCGCGCUCAUGCUCUCGUCGCUCGGCUACACCGAGGCCGCGAACCGCAUCAACGCCGCCGUCGACAAGGUCAUUGUCGAGAACAAGUUUGCCACCCCCGACCUUGGUGGCAAGAGCACCACCGUCGAGGUCACCGACGCCAUCCUCAAGUACCUUUAGUGUAGUGUAAAGUAGAUUAAAACGGUGCGGGAUGCAUCUGCUGCAGGACAG